GUAAACCCUUACACCAUCAAAUAUCAAGCCUCCCUCUUGUACAGCAACUCCCAUUUCUGUGGAGGCACCCUCAUCCACCCGCAAUGGGUGGUGUCUGCUGCCCACUGCUGGAGGGCGAGUCACACGAUUAAAGUGGUCCUGAGUCAGCACAGUCUCACACAGUGGAAUGGAUCGGAGCAGAUAUUCAACGUCUCCUUGAUCGUUAAAAACUCACAGUACAGCUACUGGAUGCUUGACAAUGAUAUCAUGCUGCUUAAGCUGGACCGUCCAGCUAUCAUCAAUGACAUGGUCAAGCCAGCCUCGCUGCCAGACCCUAACUCUCCGCCACUGCAAAACCUGAAUUUAUGCACAGUUAGUGGCUGGGGUGUUACCUGGAUGUACAGCCAGAGUUUAUCCCCUGAACUGAGGUCAGUGGAGGUGGAAUUGUUCACCAGCUGCUGGAAUUACUACCCCUUCAGGAUCACAAACAACAUGAUCUGUGCUGGCUCUAGGAGUGGCGGGAGAGACUCCUGUCAGGGUGAUUCUGGAGGACCUCUUGUUUGUAAUGGCAAAUUUGAAGGCAUUGUAUCUUGGGGCAUCGGCUGUGCGAUUUCAUACUACCCUGGUGUCUACACCAAGGUCAGAAACUACAUUGGAUGGAUGAAUCAGGUUAUUGAGAACAGCUAAUAACAAUCCUUACCACUAGCUAACAGAAAAUUCAACCUUGAUUAAAAAAAAAGAAGAAGAAAAAGAAACAAACUUGAAUGGCUCCUGAAGGACCAAAAAUGCUAUGUUUAUCUUUUAUAUAAUUGUUUUUAUAUAAUCACAGAUAUAUUUGUUAAAGCUAAAUUACCUGGAACCUACGCCUGACUGACUUUUAU